GCCAGGAGGCCGUUAAGAGGCCGCUCGCGCCCGGGGCCGCUCGCGACGGGCCUCCCUCCCUCUCUAUCUCUCUGUCUCUCUCUCUCUCUCUCCCCCCCCCCCCCGUUUCCAAGGAGACGCGAGGCCCUCCGCCGCCAUGUCGGCCCAGGCCCAGAUGCGAGCGCUGCUCGACCAGCUGAUGGGCACGGCCCGGGACGGUUCAGUGUAUCUUUGCCUGCCUACAUCAAUCUGCAAGGGAGUUGCAGAAAAGCCUCAUGUUCAUCGAGCCGUGAGUCACAACCAAUUUUUAAAGCUGUUAUAACAAAAAAAAGUGUUUGCUGAUUUUUUUCACAAGUAACUUUAAAAGUAUAGUUUAGAAAAGAAGGAAAGAGAGAGAGAAAAAAAAACAUUUUUAGUAGACACAACCGGAUGCUUGCAAAUCCUGAUCUAUAGUCAUACACAGACUAGCUUUUUAAAGAACAGUUGUCACAUACCAUUACCACUUUGCCUUUACUUUUUAUGUAUCAUUCCCCUGACUUCCUUACUGCAGGUUUGGGCAAGAAAACUUUUCCUUUAAAACUUUUCAACAGCGGGCAUAAAAUUCUGCAGCUGAGGUCUUGAAGAAUGCAGAUGGGUAUUGUAUGUGUUGGAGCUCGCAGUGUGUAUCAACUAAUAUUUUUUUUUUUUUUGCUUGUUUUAAAUGGCUCUCAAGUGAGGGUGGGAAAAGGGAGGCAUAAGACAAUUAUCACUUUUUAGAGGAAAGUCUGGUAGCCUUUAGACAUUCAAUGUGUUUUAAUACGUAUGAAUCAUCAGUACUUAAUAAAAAGACACUUGAUUCAUAAAUGGCUACCUAGUAAAAUUUCUGGGUGUGAUUCACGGCCUUCAGCUAGAACGGGUUUUGGUUUUCCGAGCCUUUGUUUUCUCCGUAGAAAAGAUCUUCCGUGGUCUGGACCCAGAUUGUGUGUGGGUUUUUUAUGUAAAUAUCGUGACUUGUGGAUGUAAUUAUGGUCAGCACCAUAUUAAGUGGUGCACAUGAUAUGAAAUGCUGUGCAUAGUUUGAUUCUCAGCUGUGAAAGUAAGACCAAAAAAAAAAAAAUCUAUAACUUUUUAACGCUUUUAUUAAUUUUCCGAUCCGUUCUGGGGUUCGUGAAUGAUUUUUAUCUGCAUUAAUGAGGUGAAAUAAAACGUACUGCCAUUUGCCCUGCUUCGUCGACAUGUAACAAUAUUUCAUAUUUAUAAUGGAAAAUGAAUUUCAGGAGAUGAAACCAGACAAAGGGUGAAGUUUACAGACGAACGGGUCUGCAAGAGCCAUCUUCUGGACUGUUGUCCUCAUGAUAUUUUAGCAGGGACGCGUAUGGACCUUGGAGAGUGUACAAAGAUUCAUGAUUUGGCCCUGAGAGCAGAUUACGAGAUUGCCAGUAAAGAGAGGGACCUGUUCUUUGAGCUGGAUGCGAUGGACCACUUGGAGUCUUUCAUUGCUGAGUGUGAUCGAAGAACAGAACUGGCUAAAAAACGACUUGCAGAGACCCAGGAGGAAAUCAGCGCUGAAGUGGCUGCCAAGGCAGAGAAAGUACACGAACUCAAUGAAGACAUUGGGAAGCUUCUGGCUAAAGCUGAGCAGUUAGGAGCUGAAGGGAAUGUGGAUGAAUCCCAGAAGAUCCUGAUGGAAGUGGACAAAGUCCGUGCAAAGAAGAAAGAAGCGGAGGAGGAAUACCGCAAUUCUAUGCCUGCAUCCAGUUUCCAGCAACAGAAGCUGCGUGUUUGUGAGGUCUGUUCCGCAUACCUCGGUCUCCAUGACAACGACCGUCGCCUUGCUGAUCACUUUGGGGGCAAAUUGCAUUUGGGCUUCAUUCAGAUCCGUGAGAAAUUGGACCAGUUGCGGAAAACCGUAGCUGAAAAACAGGAGAAGAGGAAUCAGGACCGGUUGAGAAGGAGAGAAGAAAGAGAGCGAGAAGAACGUGUGGGACAACGAUCUGGAUCAAGAAAUCGAGAUCGCAGAAGAUCGCGAUCCCGAGAGCGGAGGCGACGACGUUCCCGCUCCCUUUCCCGUGAGAAGCGUAAAUCCCGUUCCAAGUCUCGGGAACGUGAGAGGCACCGGCGCCACCGCAGCCGUUCCCGAAGUCACAGUCGGGGUCACCGACGUGGAUCCAGAGACAGGAGCUCUAAGCAUAAAUCCUCUAGGGAUCGGUCUUCAAGAGAGAAAUCGCGGGACCGGGAGAAGAAAGAGAAGAGCUCAUCUGAACGGCGGCACGAGAGCACCAAUGGCAAAUCUCGCUCCAAGAGGUCGGAGGAGAGAGAAGCCGGCGAGAUCUGAAUUCCCUUCUUGUACUGUAAAUAGCCCGGAGAAGCAUUCUACACAGCCCAAAUCUCUCAUUUAUAUUAAUGGAAGACAGCACAUCCUUUUGUAGUUCUGAAUUUCUAUCCUUUCCGCAGCUAGCAAUGACAGUUCCCUGCCAUUGACCAAAACUUGGUUUUUAUUCAGCCUAAACAGACCCAGCAGCCAGGGUUCCACCCACAUGAAUACUUUAAGCAGAACUCAGCUGCUGGGAGGCAAUCCUAUCAGAAGGAUUACAGUCUGCUUUUAAGAAAGAAAGGGGGGAAAAAGUACCCUCACCUGCUCACUUUACAGCAUCACUUGCAUUUCUGUUGCAAAUUUAAGUUUAUACCCGAAUUGAAAGAACCUCAGAAAUGGUGGUGCCCUUGGCCUCUCUUCUAAACCCCUUUAAUUUGGGGAUUUCCACCCCUGUAUUUGAAACAUUCAACCCUCUGUAAACAAGUCAGUAGUUUAAUUGACAUGCACCCUGGUUGUAAUUUGGGGACAAUUGCUCUCAACUGGAUAGGGUUUGGUUUUGGGGUUACUGUAUCUCUGUAGUCUG